AUGUUGUUCCACGUGGGCCUCUUAGCACUGCCAAUUAUCGUCGCAGCAACAAACUUUCAGCAAACCAACCUUACUGCCCUGUUCAGUCCGAGCCUGUCUCCAGGUGCUGAGAUCUUUUUGCCAACCAAUCCCGACGACGACGAAGACCUAACUCAGCGAUGGUCCUUAGCUUUUGAGCCUUCAUUCGUACUCAACAUCAAACCGGCCACCAAUGAAGAUGUUCAGAAUAUUGUGAAAAUUGCAUCCGAGUCCCACAUCCCAUUCUUCGCAACAGGAGGGGCCCAUGGCGCGGAAUUGGGAUUCGCCACCGUCAAGAAUGCCGUGAACAUCGAUCUGGGCAAUUUUAAUUCGACCGAACUGGACGCCGCGAACAAUCUGCUCACUGUGGGAGGCUCCACGACCUUUUCGCAAUUCUAUGACCUGCUGUACAACGCCGGGAAGGAGAUUCGUACGUGA